AUUGGUGAAAAGUUAAUCACUCGCGGUCUUUGUUAUCGACAUGGCGUGUGUUGAAGUUACAGGAAUCGCCACCGAGGGCAUCACAGUACGCGUCAGUUCGUGUUCACCGACGACGCUGUUUUAUCGCAGCUGGGCCUAACCUCGUAAUUCUAAUAUUGGCAGUCUUCGGAACACUUAAGAAAUUAUUGCGAGGUGAAAUACGCGCUUGAGAGCCGUUACCACCUAACCUCGAAAUCCUGGACAUUGUAGAGGUUAUUCAGAAGACGUUCCAGGAGAAAAUAAACAGACCGCCGUCACCUAACCUCGAAAUGAUGGAUCCGAAGAAGAGAGGACGAUAGAUAGUGAUGGGACUGAUACGAUACUUAUUGAUAAUAUUACAAUAAUUCAAUCCUCUGGUAUUUAUUUCGUGGAAUCGAAACUGAUCGCGAGUUAUUAUUUCCAUCACUAACGAUAAAUGACCUGACAUUAAGUGGCAUUUAUUACGGAGAUUAAGAUGGACGAGGACAGAGUGGCUGUGAUUUAUUUGACGACGGAUACAAAGUUGCUAAAUGUCGCCUUCGCUGCGGGCUGGACCACCGAGGAUCUCUGUAUCAAGGUGUGCAAGCAGAUCGGUAUCGGUCCUGUGGCCAGACACUUGUUCGCCUUGAGGAAUCGGUCUACGAGGCUUUGGUAUCCUGCGGGACAUAGAUUGGAGGGGAAAGAUAAACCCAAGUUUGAUUUCCGCCUUAGAUUUAAACCCUCCAGCUUAAAAAGACUGAAGGUAAUCGACGCAAAGGCUUACGAUUACUACUUUCAACAGGCACGAGCUGAUGUAUUAGACAAUAAAGUACCGGACAUCGUUUAUGAAAGACAUAAGAGAGAACUCAUAGGCCUAGGUGUUAGCGAUAUGUAUAGGGUCAUGCUUGAGAAGGACAUUCCACGAGAGAUCGUUGAAUCUGAUUACAAAAAGUAUAUUCCCAAGGAAUGUAUUAAACGUCACUCGUUCUUCAUCAAAAAGCCUAUUCAUAAUGCUUUGGCCCGAAUUUCUGGUCAUGAUGCCUCAUAUGUAAAAGAACAGUAUUUAAAUCAGUUCGAAUGUAUGGCUCCUAAUUAUCCUUGCGAAGAGUACAAGGCAUUAAUGGACAGAGGAAUACCUAACCCUCCUUCUAGAGUCUUGUUACGAGUAAAUGCCUCGGAAGUAAAAUACUGCGAAGCGGAAAGUAACGACUGGCACACCUUAUGUGCUAUCGAAGACCUGUGCUUCGUUUCUAUCAGACAAGACAGUACCGUCGAAGUGUCAAGGAAAAAUGGAAUACCAUCUUAUCUGAAGUUCGGAACAAUUUCUCUUCUGAUGUCUUUUGUGUCUGCCCUCGAUGGAUAUUAUCGGCUCGCAGUGAAGUGGACAUUCAAUCUCUGUAGAGACGCCAUUACGCCAAGUUUGGAAAAAAUGCACAAAUUAAAAUGCCACGGACCUGUUGGUGGAGAAUUCUCGUAUGCGAAACUUGAAGAGAAACGUUCGAAUCGUCCAGGGACCUUCAUUCUCCGUGAAAGUGAAACCAAGUACAAUGUUUUUUACCUGGAUGUGUGUGGAAAAGAUGGGAAACCACGAACAAGGAAAAUAGAGCAGCUCGGAACUGAUGACUUUAUUUUGUCAGACUGCGUACAGAGGUAUAGAUCACUUGGUCAGUUAGUUGCGUCUCAUCAAGACCCGGAGAGUCAACUUUACCUUAAGGAAUGCUUGCCACCGUCGGAGUAUGAUAAGUCACCGUUGCUGAUCUGUGCUGCGGAAGGGGUUGGAAAUGAUGUGGCAGCCGACGAAGAGAUAAUCUCAGCUUUACUAGAAGGUGGACCUCGUUGUAUACCUCCUCAUCAGUUACAAGUUUACAAGGCUCAGCCUUUCCCAAAAAGUGACGACAGACCAGAUACUAGAAUACCACCGACAACCAUUUACAGAGCUAUGUGGCGAGUAGCGAAAGGGAAGAAGUUGGAAGCUGCGAUCAAGGUGCUCAAAGAAGAAGAGUGGAGGUUUACAAGGGAGUUUUUAGAGCUCGCUGGGAAAUGGGGACAGCUGCGAUCAGGUGCUUUGAUCAGGUUAUACGGCUUGACGGUUGCCCCUGCUGUUGGCAUGCUCCUAGAAUUAGUUAGGUUAGGUCCCUUAGACGUAUACCUUCGUAACAUGUUACCUCAAACUGUGAAAACCGUUGACAUGGUAGAAGCUGCAGCUUGCCUUGCAACUGCCCUUUGGCAUCUGGAAGAGAGCGGAGUGGUCCAUGGGAACAUUAGAUGCAGGAAGCUGCUUGUGCAUGGCCAUACGGACAACAGUUUUGUCGUCAAACUGGCAGACCCGGGUCUCUUUAGCUACACACAAGCCGACAUCCACUGGCUCCCCCCGGAGUGCUAUGGGAAUCCGGAGAUUGCCAGGAGAAGCUCCCAGGCGGACGUAUGGGCUCUCGCGACGACGUUCUGGCAGAUCUUCUCCAGAGGUGCGGCCUUGCCCAUACAUCACGACAUCGACUCGGUGAAAAAGUACUAUGCCAGCGGUAAGCGUCUACCUAUGCCGAGCGGAUGUCCAUCCGAGGUGUACAAAUUGAUGAGCGAGUGCUGGGGCGAAGCAGGAGGUCCUAGGAAACAACCCCAGGCUAUAAUGCGAGACAUCAACCAGAUCUUGUAUCAGGUGUACAAUUCCAGGAGGACGCACGCCUACGCCACGGCGUUCCCGAAGCUGUUCAACGAGUCCGAGAGGAUCGAGGACGACGAAAAGGACAAUAGCUCCUCCGAUUGCGAGUCUCGGGCCAGCAGUAUUUUCACCGAUCGCACUAGCCUGCCCUGGGACGACGGUGAGGAUGGCGAUGACGGCGGUGAUCCAGGCGUCGGAAGUCUGGGGGAAUCCUACCAGGAUGCCGAAGAGGAGUUAUCCGCCUACCUUGGGUGGCUUGCCGAAGCUGGAACUGGAGAAGGUGGACCUCUUGGCCAGAUGCAAGCGAUCUUCGAACUGGAUGCCGAUUGCAAUGUCAUUCUUCAGGGUAGAAUCGGCCAGGGAUUUUAUGGGGAGGUCUAUCGGGGCACCCUGGAGCGAGAUAAUAAUAAAGACGCCGAGCCACAACAGGUCGCGGUAAAGAAGCUGAAGACCCGCGCCUUGGAGGCUGAUUUAAGGGACUUUGAAAGAGAAAUAGCGAUCAUGAAGACCCUGAAGCAUCCUAACGUCGUCGAGAUCCUGGGCGUCAUUUCGGAGCCGGAGGUCUGCCUAGUCAUGGAGUUCGUAAAGCAUGGGUCGUUGCAGAGCUACCUCGCCAUCCACAGAGAGGCUUUGACCCACAAAAGGUUGCUUGGAUUCGCCCUGGACAUUGCCACCGGCAUGGAGUAUCUUGGUAGGAAGUGCAUCGUCCACAGGGAUCUGGCUGCGAGGAACAUCCUGGUCGCCGAUGAGAAUAGAGUAAAGAUCAGCGACUUUGGCCUAGCUCAGGUUACGGGGAAGAAUGAUUACUAUAUCCUGCAGACCAACAGGGAUCUUCCUAUUAAGUGGUACGCACCUGAGAGCCUGCGAGAUGGCAAGUUCUCUCCCAGGUCUGAUGUGUGGUCCUUCGGAGUGACAAUGUAUGAGACGUUUGGUCUCGGAGAGGAUCCAAAGCUUCCUGGCGUAGGCAAUUCCAAUAUCCUCGGUGAUGGCAAUGCCAACGGAGUAGAAAGCGAGGAAGGCACCGGGGAACUUCUGGCAGCUUUGGAAAGAGGUGCACGGCUUCCUUGUCCACCUACGUGUCCCCAAGCAGUGUAUGUCAAGCUUAUGUAUCCCUGUUGGCACCUGGACAGCCAUCGGAGACCUAAUUUUUCAACGCUCUGCAAGGACAUCGCCGAUCUCAUGACUCAGUACUAAGUCUGGAGUGAAUUUGACGACUAGAUGGAUUUUUAAUAAUUAAGGACGAAGGGACGACGACGUGGAAGGUUCUGUUCCGGACAAGUUCGAGAGACUCGCAAGUAGGUACUUGUGUUUGCUGUUAGAGACUUGAAAUUAUAGGUUAGGAUGCGGUGGGGAUAUUUUGAUGGAAUUGGUGAGACUAAGUGGCCUGGUCUUGUAUAUAAAAUUAUGUUUAAGUCGACUUUUCUUAUUUGUAUGAUAUAACGUUUUGUAUUUCAACAAAAUCUAUCACAAAGGAAUAACCCCAACGUAUCCGACGAGGGGAAUACUCUCCGUUAAUGCUCAUUUUCUUAACGGUGAUGACGUCUUUUUUUUUCUAAUCUUGUGUAAAUACGCUAAAAUUGAUUUAAACUUAGGUAAUACGAGAAAUCGAGUAGAUUGUUUAGACGAUUUAUUGUCAUAUUUAUACGUGUAAGAUGAAAAUGUGAUUAUCCUAAAAUGGAUUACUGCCGUUACGAA